AUGAAAGCCAUUGUUUACACCGGAGGAAGCGACAUCUCGAUCGAGGUUCAUCCAAAGCCAGUGAUCUUGGAAGCGACCGACGCUAUUGUCCGAGUCCUCCACACGACCAUCUGCGGAACAGACUUGCACAUUCUACAAGGACAUGUGCCAACUUGCACACCAGGUAGAAUUCUUGGUCAUGAAGGAGUUGGGGUUAUUGAAACCCUUGGUGCCGAUGUCACGAAUUUCACUGUCGGCCAGGUGGUGGUCAUCUCGUGCAUAACCAGCUGUGGCGCCUGCUAUUACUGCGACCGGAAGAUGCCAUCUCAAUGUGAGACUGGAGGAUGGAUUCUUGGAAAUAAGAUUGAUGGGACACAAGCGGAGUAUGUUCGCAUUCCUCAUGCAUCAUUCUCACUGCACGUGCUUCCGGAAAGUAUCGACCAGAAGGUCGCGGUCACCCUAUCUGAUACUGUUCCAACUUCAUACGAAUGUGGAAUCUUGAACGGCAGCAUUCAGCCAGGCUCCACUGUGGCGAUUAUAGGAACAGGUCCGAUCGGACUGAUGAUUCUUCAGAUGGCGAAGAAGCUGUACAGUCCUUCAAUGACAGCGGUGAUCGGAAGGGGUCACUCAAGACUCAAUACAGCAACAUCCAUGGGUGCUGAUCACGCGUUCAGUGUUCUUGAUGGACAAGAAGUUGCAAUCUCAUCCGCUUUAUCAGCCACCAAGGAGCGAGGAUUUGAUGUGGUCAUCGAGGCGGUGGGAACACCUGAGUCUUUCGAACUUUCGCAAGCACUAGUAGGCCCUGGUGGAACCAUAGCCAGUCUGGGUGUCUUCGGGCAGUCGUGCGAGUUGCACCUGGAGAAGCUUUGGAAUCGCAAUAUCUGCUUGAGAACUCGCCUCAUUGACGCAGUCAGUACUCCAGAUCUACUCAAGAUGGUCGAGACUGGGGGCAUCGAACCUCAAUUUUUGAUCUCGCAUAAAUUCACGUUCGAUGAAGUUCAGAAGGCAUAUGAAGCUUUCGAGGCACCUUCCAAGCAUGGCACCCUCAAAGUAGUAUUGACAAUGCCAGGGAUAGUGACAAAUGGUUCUUCAUAG